CUUUAAGUAUUACUUCAUGUGCAUAGUUCAUGUGCCUGUUUGUUGUACAUAAUUAGCAUUGUAGAUGACUAGCAAAAAAGUAAAUAUAGACAGAUUGAAACUUUUUAAUCAGUUCUACAAUAGGUAGUGGUCGUGUCAGAUGCAAAUUGUUUGGUAAUAAACAAUACUCUACGAUUUUGGAUAUAUACUAGUGGUCGGUCGGAAAAUACAGUACCUGAUAAGAAAAAUAUAUAAUUAAUUCUAGCACACUUUAAUCAAUAAACUAAACCAACAUGACUACCUUGCUUCCUGGAAAUAUUGUCUAUGCCGGACCAAUUACAUGCACUGAAACUCAUGCCUACAAGUCUCUCGGACAUUUUAUUCUCGAGAAAUAUAAAAGCUUUGGCACACAAACAGUAAUGAUAGAUGCUGUAACUGGACAAGAGUAUACGGCUAAAUAUAUGUAUGACUCCGUUGUACGGAUGGCUCAUGUAUUACAACAUUUAGGAGUUAAACCAGGUGAUGUCGUGGGAUUGUCUAGUGAGAAUAAUGUUCGUUUUGCUAUUACCUUGUUCGCCUCAUUCGCUGUCAACGCUACGGUUGCUCCACUAAAUGUGACUUAUUCUGAACGCGAAGUGCAUCAUGCAAUUAAUUUAUCGAAGCCCAAAGUGAUGUUUGCUUCAAAACUUACUGUAGAUCUUAUUGCAAAAGUGGCAAAAAAUAAUAGUUUUGUGAAAUCAAUUGUUGCAUUUGGCACCAAUAGUUCAAAUGACAAAAUUUUCAAUUUUGAUGAGCUUAUGAACAGUACAAAAAUUAAAUCAAAAGACUACUUUGAGACGCCUGUGGCGAACAAAAAGGAUGAUGUCGCACUGAUUGUUUGCUCUUCUGGUACCACCGGUUUGCCGAAAGGCGUCCAGCUAACACAGUACAACAUUCUUUCUACACUGGAUUCCCAGCUUGAACCAACAUCCAUUCCAAUGGGAGAGAUUACAUUGCUAACAGUCAUACCUUGGUUUCACGCAUUUGGCUGCCUUACAUUAAUUACAACUUCAGUUCUAGGAACCACCUUGGUGUAUUUGCCUAAAUUUGAUGAAAACCUUUUCUUGGGAGCCAUUGAGAAAUAUCGCGUUUUAAUGGCGUUUAUGGUGCCGCCAUUAAUGGUAUUUUUGGCCAAACAUCCACUUGUGGAUAAAUAUGAUUUGUCAUCACUAAUGGUUUUGCUUUGCGGUGCAGCCCCACUAAGCAAGGAAACUCAGGAUUUGAUUACAGAAAGGAUUGGUGUGCCUAUCAUCCGUCAAGGUUAUGGUUUAAGUGAAUCAACGCUUAGUCUUCUGGUACAGAAUGAUGCGGCCUGCAAGCCGGGUAGUGUGGGCAGUCUUAAAGUGGGUAUUUACGCGAAAGUAAUUGACACAGAAACUGGCAAACCACUUGGUCCCAAUCAACGUGGUGAGCUGUGUUUCAAAGGUGAUUGCAUUAUGAAAGGUUACAUCGGGGAUACCAAAUCUACACAGGGUGUUAUACAAGAUGGUUGGCUACAUACCGGUGAUAUCGGUUACUACGACGACGAUUUUGAGUUUUUCAUUGUGGAUCGAAUUAAGGAACUCAUUAAAUACAAAGCUUUCCAAGUGCCGCCAGCUGAAAUUGAGGCUUUAUUGUUGACACAUCCAAAGAUUAAAGAUGCGGCAGUUAUUGGAAAACCGGACGAAGCGUCUGGCGAGUUGCCGUUAGCAUUUGUUGUUAAACAGGCGAAUGUUGUGCUAAGUGAAGAGGAUGUUAUUAAAUUUGUAGCCGAACACGCAUCGCCAGCGAAACGAUUGCGUGGUGGAGUAAUUUUCGUCGAUGAUAUUCCAAAAAACCCAAGUGGCAAAAUUUUACGCCGCGUCUUAAGAGAAAUGCUGAAAAAUCCUCGAUCGAAAUUAUAAUUGUGCUGUUUUAUCUAUGAUCGUAUAGAUGUGCUAAGCAGAAAUGAAAUUACUUGCAUUUAAUAACUAAACUAAUAUUUCAGGUAUGUGGAAACCACCUUUUUGGCAAGGUGAGAAAAAGGGAUCAAAUAUUUAUAAUUUUCUAUAUGUACUUGUACACUUCCUUUAUUAAAUAUGGGCUGAAGCUUAAUUAUAAAAUUGUAUACCAAAAAUUAAUAUAUUAAUAUUAUAUUACAAAUAUAAAUGGAUUAAAAAGGAAAUAAACAAAUAUUUAAUCAUUGACAAA